UGAAAUGGGCGUGGCAUAAACAACUGGGAGUGGCUAGUUAUUAAUAGUAGUUAUUAAUUGAUUCUUUCUUUCUCAAGGUGGACACGAGGAGAUGACUGCAUAUCGGCCAGGAGUAAAGAUUGUUAAAAGAGGAGGUAAACCUCUGGAUAAAUUUGAAGAAUCCAUACAGCAGGCAAUUCUUGACAUUGAAUCCUCUUCUGAUAUGAAAGCAACUUUAAGAGAGGUCUAUUUCACUGGAGCGAAGGAAGUUGAUGCCGCAGGGAAAAAGGCAAUUUGCAUAUACUUACCAGUUCCUCUUCAGAAGACGUUUCAAAAGGUUCAGGUCCGAACUGUGAGAGAAUUAGAGAAAAAGUUCUCAGGGCGACCAAUAGUGUUCAUAGCCCAGCGUAGGAUCCUACCAAAGGAAAAGAGGAACCAGCGAUCGAAACAGAAGCAGCCAAGACCAAGGAGUCGUACACUGACUGCAGUCCACAAUGCAUUGCUUGAUGAUGUGGUGUAUCCAGCUGAAGUGGUUGGGAAGAGAACUAGAAUCAGGAUGGAUGGCUCACAGUUAAUUAAAGUGCAUCUUGAUAAAACCCAACAGACAAACCUGGAGCAUAAGCUUGAUGUUUUUUCUGCCAUUUAUAAAAGGUUGACAGGAAAAACUGUCAAUUUUGAAUUUCCUUCAGACAGUUAAAGAGAGAAAUUAAUAAUUAUUAUUAAUCUUAUAAUUAUGAUUAAGAAAGGAAAUUGAAAGUUGUUUUGGAAUAAAAUUAAUAAUAUAA